AUGAAGAUGAAGCAGCUCGGAGCUUCGUGUGGAUUCGUUCUGCUGAACCUGCUCGUCCUCGCCGCCGCCCGGCCAAAGACAGGUCCGGAUCAGAAAUGUCAGUCCGGUCCAGUGGAUCUGGUUUUCCUCAUCGACAGCUCGCGCAGCGUCAGGCCCCACGAGUUCGAGACCAUGAGGAAGUUCAUGAUCGACAUCCUGGACACGCUGGACAUCGGACCCAACGCCACCAGAGUGGGCGUGGUCCAGUACUCCAGCCAGGUCCGCAGUGAGUUCUCCCUGAAGACGCACAGCAAGCUGGACACGAUGGUGAAGAACAUCAAUGACAUCGUUCCCCUCGCUCAAGGAACCAUGACCGGGCUCGCCAUCAAGUACGUGAUGAACGCAGCCUUCAUCCCGGAGGAGGGAGACAGGCCCAAGGUCCCCAACGUGGUGGUGAUCGUGACAGAUGGACGUCCUCAGGACCGCGUGGCAGAGGUGGCGGCGGAGGCCAGGGAGAAAGGCAUUGAGAUCUACGCUGUGGGAGUGGCCAGGGCCGACAUGACAUCACUGAGGGCCAUGGCGUCCCCGCCGUUUGAGGACCACGUCUUCCUGGUGGAGUCCUUCGACCUGAUUCACCAGUUUGGACUCCAGUUCCAGGACAAGCUCUGUGGUGUUGAUCUGUGUCUGGAGUCAGAUCACGGCUGUGAACACGUCUGUGAGAGUUCACCAGGCUCCUACCACUGUGUGUGUCUGCCUGGAUACACACUGAAGGCCGACGGGAAGACGUGUGCAGCCGUCGAUUUGUGCGCUGAGGGGAAACACAACUGUGAGCAGAUCUGCAUCAGCUCCCCUGGUUCCUUCACCUGCGACUGCAACAAAGGAUUCACACUGAACGACGACAAGAAGACCUGCUCAAUGAUCGACUUCUGUUCGUUUGGGAACCACAGUUGUGAUCACGAGUGUGUGAGUGUGCUCAACGGCUAUCACUGCCGCUGUAACGAGGGCUUCAGGCUGCUGGACGACGGCAAGACCUGCCAGGCCAUUGACCUGUGCGCUGAGGGGAAACACGACUGUGAACAGAUCUGUGUCAGCGCACCGGGCGUCUUCAGUUGUGACUGCAGAGAAGGAUACACACUCCACGAGGACAAGAAGACCUGCACACCCAUUGACCUGUGUGCUGAGGGGAAACACGACUGUGAACAGAUCUGCAUCAGUGCACCCGGCACCUUCACCUGCGACUGCAACAAAGGAUUCAAACUCAACAAGGACAAGAAGACCUGCACGAACAUGGACCUGUGCAGCAGCGUGGAGCACGGCUGUGAGCACCAGUGUGUCAGCUCUCCUGGAUCUUACUACUGUGUGUGUCCAGAGGCGCAGCUGCUGCAGGAGGACGGCAAGAGCUGCGGCACCUGCAAGUCUGCCAACAUCGACCUGGUGCUUCUGAUCGACGGCUCCAAGAGCGUCCGCCCUCAGAACUUUGAGCUGGUCAAAAAGUUCGUCAACCAGGUUGUGGACUCCCUAGACGUGUCCACUCAUGGCACCAGAGUGGGUCUGGUCCAGUACUCCAGCCGGGUCAGGACAGAGUUUCCUCUCAACAUGUACCACUCUGCUGAUGAGAUCAAAGCUGCAGUGAUGAAGGUUGAGUACAUGGAGAAAGGGACGAUGACGGGUCUGGCCCUGAAGCACAUGCUGGAGAACAGUUUCUCCGAGGCCGAGGGCGCUCGUCCCGCCAGCCGCAACAUCCCACGCAUCGGACUGAUCUUCACAGACGGACGCUCCCAGGAUGACAUCACCGAGUUCGCCAAGAUGCCCAAAGAAGCCGGCAUCACCAUGUACGCUGUGGGCGUGGGGAAAGCUGUGGAGGAGGAGCUUCGUGAAAUUGCGUCCGAACCCGUGGAGAAACAUUUCUAUUACACCAGCGACUUCACGGCCAUCAGCACCAUCGCUGAGAACCUCAAGCUGAACGUGUGUCCAGAGGAGAGUCAGGGGGAGAUCGAGGUGAAGGACCCGUGUGCCUGUGAGAGUCUGGUGGAGUUCCAGCAGGCCACCAUGAGCAGCCUGGAGCAGCUCACACAGAAACUGGCUGGGAUGACUGCUCGUCUGGAGCAGCUGGAGAACCAGCUUCUCACCAGGAAGUGA